UACAACGAAAAGUGGCGAGACGAGGCCAAAUCGACUCAUUUUCGAUUAUUCUUUUCUUGUGCUUGUGGAGAGUAGGUGGACGUGUACGUGUUUGCGUUUUUAAGAAAAUUUAAUUUGAAGCAUAUUUUAAUUGCAUAACUUAAUAGCAAAAACAUUGAAAAGGCAAUUUUUGCAUUGAACAUAGAGGAAGUAUUUUCGUUAAAUAUCGGAUUAGAGUCACAUAAAUAUCAAAUAUGCCGCGCUAUCGAGAGUGGGACUUGGCAUGCAAAGUAUACGUUGGUAAUUUAGGUUCAUCUGCUUCAAAAUAUGAAAUUGAAAAUGCCUUUAGCAAAUAUGGCCCGCUGAGAAAUGUCUGGGUAGCGAGAAACCCACCUGGAUUUGCUUUUGUUGAAUUCGAAGAUCGCCGCGAUGCGGAGGAUGCAACUCGAGGUUUGGAUGGAACACGGUGCUGUGGUACUCGUAUCCGUGUGGAAAUGUCGUCGGGUCGGUCACGACGUGAUGAUAGACGCCGAGGUGGCGGUGGUGGUGGUGGAAGUACCAGUGGAGGUCGCGGUGGUGGACGCUAUAGGAUAAAGUCUACUGCUACUACUACUUCUACUAGAACUUCUACCUCCUCUUCCUUCAACAAAAACUACAAAAACAACAUCUUCACGUAUCACAACUACUGCUCCUUCUCCACAAAUCUCACCACGACAAGCAACAACAAGCUCAACUUAAUAUCGUUCAGCGACAACAAUCUUGAUAAUAGAAACAAUUUUAUCAGCCAGCUAUUUUUUUACAAAGAUCAACAAAAUUUCGACAACAACAAUUUUAGUUCAAGCGACUACCAUUAUUUUCAACAUCUCCAAAAACAACAACAAGAACCGCCACAACACAAAAAUUUCAUCAGUAAAAUUAAAAUCAUUAUUUUUGUUAUCAACACCGACACCUUGAACACCACCAACACCAACGUCACUACAAUUUUGCACCUAAAAUUUGCUCUCGUUUUCGCUGUAGUCAUUGUCAUCAACACCUAUCUAACAAUUGUUGUUGUCGUAAUAGAAAACUGUGACAGUUGUCCUGAUGUUAAGUGCAGUAAAAGAUCAACAAUCAUUAGAACAGCAACUACUAGUACAAUAACUACUGCUACUACUACUACUACUUCAGCUGCAACUGCUUCUACAGUCACUGCAACUAUUGCUACUAGAAGAAUUAGUGCAACUAGUAAAAGUGUGCUUGGGCAGCAGGCGCAGGAUCAGCAUCAGCGGCAAAAGCUAAAGCAUUUACAACAGCCAUCAUCAUUAAUACCACCAAUACCACCUUAACAACUUGAAAUACUACCACUUCCUUCUCCUUUGUAUAUGCAACUGACUGUGAUAUGAGCCCACAACACUACUACCUACAGCACAACAAAUACCAUCACCAACAACAUCAACAUCGACUUGACAAUAAAUGCACGCUCAUGAGAUAACUGAUUAGAUAAGCUGAUCAAUGUGCUUGGUCGGUAAUGUAUGUAUGUUUGUAGUCACUAUCAGCCCGGGAGAUGGUCCUAAGAAGAGGGUGACUUAUGUGUACCUUGUAAUUUCUUAUGCUCGCAGAACUUUUAUUUUAUAACAUUAUCCGUAAUUGCCUAUUGAAUACGCAUCUUAUUCAUCACUUUUGACUUGAAAGGUCGUCGACGAUUCACGAUGAAAUUUGACUAAGAACCUAUUUAACUUAACUAAAAUGAACAUUUUACUGACGGUACAUUGGGUCGACAAGACGUACAGAUUGUACAAACAAAUUUUCAGCCACGCCACCGAAGUAAUGUUGGUUUUUAUUUAUUUAUUUUUUUUUGAAAUUACAAAAAAAAAAAAAAAAUGAAACGCCAUUAAUUCGGUUGUGUGAAUACCAAUUACUUAUACACAUACUAACUUUGAGAUGGUCGACGGGACUGUUGAAGAAGAGAAAACAUCGCGAAUAUUAUUUAUUUAUUAUACAUUAUAAAUGUGCAUAACAGUUGUGAGCGUGAUGGUUCUUCAAUCAAUCCACACCUAAUCGGCGUUUUCAACUUUAUAUGAUAUGAAUUUAUUUCACUAAUCCUGCAGUCGUCACUACUGCAAAUGUAUAUCUCCAACAUGAGUUCGGGCUAUAUUUCAACAUCAGAAAUGAGUAUAAUUUAGUAUAAACCUGAAACAACGAGACGAGUUUCGAGUAUGUUGAGAAUCGGUCCACUUCUUAUAUAGGAGGUAAGGGUGGGUGUGCCAUCAUGUACAUCGUUUUUGACAUGAGAAUAUGCAAGCGCCGUUUAAGUGCAUCAAGAACGAAUGAAUACGAGUGCUGCAAUUUCAAGUAAGAAUAACUUCUUUCAAUAUUAGAUACAUACUGCAUAGUUCUCUUUGUUACUAAUAUCAUAAUUCUAUUGAGGUUAUUUCAAGUUGUGUUUAAAACAUUUUACGAAGUUAAAAUUUGAACUUUUCUUGAUAAAAUUCUAUCCACUAAUUGUUAAUUCAAUUGAAUCCGAGCAGGUGAACUCAAAGCAAUAUCAGCUCGUUAAUCACCAAUCGCAUCUGCAACACCUGUUUCUACUAAAUAAGUGAAAACGUGUGCUCUUCUCAGCAACAACUAUCUACUUGACAUCCGCCUUCUACUAUGGUCCUCCUCCUGUGCGGUACACGGGAUCGUACUUCAUUUGGUUAGAAUUGCAUCCAUUUUGGGUUAGCCGGCCGAUCGGUUAAGCCUGAUCAUGAGGCCGUUGUACAUCAUGCUACACAGCGUUCCAACAAUCCAGCUUCACUCCUGAUCUACAAGGUCGUCAGCCUAAAAACCCGAACCCACAUUUCAUCAAGGACAACAGCAACUCUACCUCUCCGCUGAUGUACAAAAACGAGUGGCAAUCCAAAUCAAGGCUUUUAUAUCUACUUUACCAUCCCUGUCAUAUCCGCUAUGCGCAACGACCGCUUCUGAGCAUCAUUGUCACUGACGACCGCCAAGUUUGCAUACAAGAUUGUUUUGUCAAUAGUUGAUUUGCAAUUUUCAUGAUCUCCUCUCAUUUUCAUUCGAAGUAGUCAUCAUAGAUCAGUUGAAUAUCGAACUUAUUUCAUUAUCACCAAACCGCCACAACCACUACUACUACUGCAACACCUCAACAAAUCAGUCAGAACCAAUAAGUGAACAACUAAAUUGGCAACAUUUAUUCGUGGUAGGAAUUUCACAGUCAAUCAACAGUAAUUCUCUCUGCCCCAGAAAUUCUGCAAUCAGUCGACAACAUAAGAGCGGCUCGUCAUUUUACGGCUCAACAAAGCAGCAUUCAGAACUUUUAAUUGCAUUAGCAUAAUAUUGAAAAUACAAAGAAAAAUGCAACUUCAUCGUUUUCGGGGUUGAAUUUAUGGCCAACAGACCGUAUGAAAGAUACAAACAGUUUCACCAUAAAGGUCGUUGAAGUUGAAGCAACUACUGUGGUGCUACUGGUUGGAUUAAUGUGAAACAAUAAUUCGAGCGAGCAGUGUGGCUAGAAAUUAUUGCAAAAUAAUAUGCAAGUCACUCUCAAACUGUUGUAGUGGUAUGAGUGUGGCAAUUAUUUUUGUUUUAAUAUUUUGCAAUAAAUUGUAUUUCCUGCCCCGCCGGAAUUACUUGUUUGAACAAUAGCCAAAGAUUGGUCAACGCUUUUCCUAUACAUCGUCCUAUACAUAAUGCAAAUUUGCCUUUCCUGAAAUCCUGUCAGCAACGAUGAACAUCAUAAUUCUCAUCGAAACUACAAUGGUAGUAAAUUAUAAAAAAAAAAAAAAAUGCUUACAAAAUAAGCCCAUCUAAAGUGUGGAUUUUGUGAUUAUGUGCUUCCUUAUAAAUUAUUCCAUUCGACAUUUAAAUAAACUUAUUUUUCUUUUUAUAUAACAAUUUCUUACAGAUCUCGCUCUCCACGUCGCACACGCAGCCGUUCCCGCAGUUUUUCGAGAGACAGACGCAGCCGAUCGGACUCCCGUGAUCGUCAUUAGAUAUAGAAUUUUUAAAUUUCUCAAAGUGAAUUCCCACAAAGAAUCUAUUUUCUUUACCCAAUAUCUACAUUUUAUUAUCACAUAGAAAGAGAGAACUUAUCAUAAAGUAAGUUUUAGAUUUUGAGAGUUAAGAAGUAUAAGUGAGAAGAUCCGGUUGCAGCA